AUCUACGUAUGUGAUGACAUUUGUACAUACCUAUAUAUCAACAGUUGCAUCAGACUAUAAUAUGUACGUGUGAUGUUACCUUGAUCGUCACAGAUGUGAAGUAACUUUGUGUAUUACGAAUAAGAUAAUUUUAAUUAUUCGGCCUAAUAUUAAUAAGGACAUAGUAUGGUAUACUGAUGCCAUUGAUAAGUAAUACAAAACAUGUCACUUUGCCUUAAGAUAUAAAUAAAUAUUAAAACGAUGGCUGGUUCUAUAGAAGAGGUUAGAAAUUCCUUGUCUACAAACAAAGGAUUUCCCGCCAUACGGACGACAGUAUCUUACGAAGAAAUUGCUACGAAACUUUUAAACGAAAAAUUUUUAUUAACAGCUUUGGAAUUACAUGCAGAAUUAUGCGAAGCAGGAAGAGAAUUGUCAAUUCUCAAAGAAUACUUUUCUAAUCCAUGUAAUUUCGAAAAUCAAAAUAUCAAACCAGAACCAUAUACACCUAUGCCUAGGUCUUCUAGUCAAGCUACUUUGGAUUCGCUUGAUAUGACAAGGUACUCAGAAGAUGGUACUGGAAUUGAUGAAAGAGUUGCAAUUUUGGAAUUUGAACUUAGAAAUGCAAGAGAAAGUAUUUCUGCUCUACGUGCAAAUCUUACUGUUGUAACAGAAUUUGAUAGUGCAACACCUGAUAAACGUUCGGAUAAGCAAGUUAUUAAUGAUAAUCCUAUAAAACCUCACGAACAAAGAGCUUUAAAUUUUUUAGUUCAUGAAUAUUUGCUUACACAUUCUUAUAAAUUAACAUCAAUAACAUUUAGUGAUGAAAAUGAAAAUCAAGAACUUGAAGAUUGGCAGGAUGUUGGCUUGAACAUUCCAAAACCUUCUGGAUUAUUACAGAUUUAUAGAGAAUACAUGAGAGCUAAUGGUCAUGACAAACCACCUUCUGUAAAUAUUUCUGUUCAAACUGAAUUUGGAAAUACUGAAGUAGAAAGAAAGGAGAAUGAGUUGAAAGAAAUGAUAGAGCAAAUAGAACAAUUAAAACAGCAAACUGCAUUAUUAGAAAAAGAAAAAAUGGAUCUCCAGCAUUAUAUUGAUACUACCAAUGAAAAUUUGGUACAAGAUAAUAAGCAACGUAGUAAUGGUACCAACCAAUCUAUAAAUUCGAAUUCUACAACACCAGAUAAAUUCGAAAUUCUUGAGUCUCCUCCACGCGAUGCUUCAAACGCAACUCAAGAUCCAGAAGAAGAUGAUAGUGUUUCUGUAGUAGUGAGCUUAGGUGAAACUGAUCCAGGAGAUAAAGAAUGGACAAGAAUACAGUUACCAAGGACUGAUGUUACAGAAGGUUCAACUAUUUUAUCAAAUGCACCAUCCAGACUUUUACCAAUAAAAUUUAAAUUAGAAGUUAUUGGUCUUUGUUUGGUGAAUAUUUCAAGUUCCAUAAUAUCAGUAGCAGAAGAACCAUUUAAAUAUGGAGUUUCUCGCGAUACACUUGUUAAAAUUUUGGCACAAACAUUACCUCGAAUAGUACCUAAUAUUAUAUUGAACAAACGAGAAGAAGUUAUACCUUUAAUAUUAAGCACAGUUCGUUUACAUUCCGAUUCUGGAGAGAGAGAAAAAUUACUACAACUUCUUUUUAAUUUAAAAAAAAGACCACAAGAAGAAGAACGACAAAUGAUAUUAGCUGGUUUGGUGGCAAUGGCAAAACUUGAAGAUGAAUCUAUUGGAGGAGAAGAAAUUUUAACUCUUUGUUGGGAACAAAGUCAACAUAAGUAUCCAGAAAGAAGAUUAUUAGCUGUUGAAUGUUGUUCUGCAUUGGCUCCAUACACGUCAGUUUCUAUUAGAAAUUCCUUGAUGCUGUCUAUGUUACAACAAAUGCUUUUAGAAGAUAAAGAUCCUUCAGUCAGAGCUAGUGUGGUCAGAAGUUUGGCUCUACUUGUAGCAUUAAUGGAUGAUCCAGAUAAAUAUUUUCAGUGUGAAGAACUUGCCCUAACAGCCUUGAAUGAUUCUUCUUCUAUAGUAGUAAAUACAGCAUCUUCUAUAUUUUUACCGAUCUUAGCACAAUGGGCAUUAUCUUUAAAAAGAUUAAGAUCACAUCUUUUGCCACGUUUAAUUUCUAAAGUAAAAAAUCAUAUAAAACCAGCGAAUCCUCAAAAUUCACCUGUUAAAGAAAAUAUCGACGAAGAGAGAAUAGAAUCAUUAAUUGGCGUUUUACAAUAUUUACUUCCUCAUACUAUUGUAUGUGUUGCUGAUACUGAUACUGUUAGAACUUCUGUAGAACCUUCAAUUUCUCAAGAAUUACCUGCAGAGUUUUUGAGCAUAUGUCAUUGUGAUAUAAUCAAUCCAAAAGUAUUUUAUGACGGCGACACAGACGUAGGUGCACUUUUAAAUACAUUUUUUUCAAAUACCUGGGAGAAUGAUUUAUGGCCAGAAUUAGAAUGGUUCACUAAUAAAUUAAUUAUAGAUAUUCUUGAAAUAGUAAAAUCUACAGAAAUAAUACAAGAGAGUGUUUUAAAUUCAUUGCUCACGUAUAUACAAUCGUUGUGCAAUGGUUUUGGAAGAUAUAUUACUCAGACAAGGAUUCAACCAAUAUUCCUGCCAGAAAUAACGGAAUUAGAAAAACAAUUGUCAACAUUAUCAAUGGAUAAUAAAAAUCUCAGUUUGACAUUGAUUCCAGCUUAUUUAAUUAUGCUAAGCACCUUAAAUGGCGUUGAAGUCUCAAAAUCUAUAAAACAAUUUUUAGUUGUUCUGUCUAUGAGCGGUAUCAAUAUUACAAGUCUUCAGAUUGCGAUUAUAAAAUUAUGUGCUAAAGAAGAAAUGCAAGAGCAUGUACUAACAGGCUUAUGGGAUGGUGUGGUGCAUCAAAGAUCUAGUGUAAGAUGUGCAGUUGCAACAUUAUUUGGUUCUAUCAUAGCUCACACUUCAGAUCGACUGAUAAGUGGAAGAAUAGUUCCAGCUAUUGUAACAUUAGCCAGCGAUCCAGAUAUAACUGUGAAAGCAGCAGUCAUACCUCCUUUAGGUCGUCUUAUCACCGAAUGUAAAGUUAGAGAAGCACGUGAUAAAGCACGGUUAACUUUAGAAACUAUUGCUAGAGAAUCGCAAAAUAUUUUGUCUGUAUUAGCUACACCUCUUGUUUCAACUUUAGCUUAUAUCGCUCCAAGUUGUCCUCAAAGUUAUAUAGAGGAUGUGAUUGCCACACAAUUGACUGGAAUAACUGCAACAGCGAUGCAACAGAAUCGUAAAGUAGAUCUUUGCAAUGCUUUGGUUGAAGCUUACUCAGUUCUAGUUUAUUGUCCGCUAAGCAAUCAAUGUAUCUCUGGAAUUAUAUUACCUGGCUUAAGGCAUUUGGAAACUUUGAUUAAUCAAAAUUUGCCGCAACAAAGGGAAACUGUAAAAUCUUUAUUACGAGAAGCGGAAUCUCAUCAGGAUAUUGUUAAGCCAAUCGAAAGAUCAAGCUCAAUGAGUUCUGGACUUUCCUUAUCAAUGGCGACAGUAAAUGUAGGACAGGGCGUAGAGGAUAUGCGACAAAGAAUGAGCAAGAUAUUUCAACAAAGACCUGGUUCCUCGACAGUGACGAGUAUUUUCAAGAAAAAAUAGUUAUAUCGUUUAUAAUAUUUUUCUAUUCUUCGCGCAAUGUAUAUAAUUUCGUUUUUUUUAAUUUUUUUUUUUAUAUAUAUAUAUAUGAAUCUCAUUAUUUGAUUUUUUUUAACUUUAUCCAGAUUUUCUCUUUUUUUUUUCAGUCAAUCGUAUAGAAUAAAUAUUACGUAUAAAUACAUGCAUAAUUUUAUGCUCGCACAAAUUGAUAAAAUUUAAUAUUUAAAGAAAUUAUAAAGUAGAAUAUUAUUUUUAAUAAGAGAUUAUGUUUACUGUGAUUUUCUCAUAAAUAUUAUUGAAAUUGUGGUGUGCCUUUUAAAAUGUAAUUGUAAUGCAUGAGAACAAAUAGAUAAUAAUGUACGUGCGAGAAUAGAUUUUCGUAUUGCGAGUUCGUAAA